AAAAGUUUUAUUUGAUUGUUACCGUUCGAAUUGAAUUUACCAUUCGAAUCGAAUAAAUAUUCGAAUAGAUUCGAUUCAUUCGUACCGGGUAGUCCCGUGUAAUGAGCUCAACCUCCACGCACCAUGACUCACCUCGCAAAUCAAAUCGUCUUGCUGGCUAGCUAACUUUCACCUCUUGCCAAAGUCUCUUUGUCUUCCAACGUGCAACGUCCACAACCCACCAUAACCAAGCAGAGUCAUACUGUGCUCGUCCUUCUCACUGUUGCACUUGUCAAGCAAUCAGUGUGGCUUUGUUUAGAUUGCUAGUAGAGCCAGCGAUGAAAGGGCAGAGACGGUGACUGUAUCUUACACUGCAGACCUACUAAAAGAUCCAAUUAGUAUCCCAAGAUCCCAUACCAGGACCUAGUAGUGCCGUAUCGUGAGUGCUUCCCUUCGGUACAGUCUCCAUUGAGAAGAAGAAGGAGAAGAAGAAGAAGACGAGUAAAAUGUCGGCUAUUACGGAUGCCUUGGCGGGGUUCCUGUCGUCGGCGGAUGCUACGGGCGUGACGGCUGGAACGGAUAAAAAUUCCAGUCAUCAGCAAUUCAUGAAGAAUCGGCUCAUCCCGCUGACGACCAAGCUACAGCGAGAGAUUCGUGGAAGACGAUUUCGGGAUGUCCAACCUGCCCUGAAAGCCGCCAUUGCCAAUCUUAAAACCUUUGAAAAGGAAACGUGGCCACCAGAACAAGACUCUGCGACCGCGUCGACAGCAGCCCCAACGGCAGAAGCCACAGCAUUCGAAAAGCAACUCCAGGCUCUCGAUCAAGAUGACGGGUCGGUGGCCACCGAUAUUGAAGACGACAAUACCACAAUUACUACCGUAGAACCAACGGCAGAAGAAAGCUCUGAUGCGGAACGCGCCACGACAACCUGGGACAUUGCCAUUGGAGAUCAAGGACAAAAGCUAUCACCUAAGGAAGACGCAAUGCUGCGCGUACCCGACAUGGAUGACGACAAAAAUACACGAGAACCAAUGCACGAGUCCAUUGAGGAAAUCCUAGAGGUAUAUAUUGCAAUUUUGAAACACCCGUCCAAGACGUCCAAAGUAUGCGAAAUGGCCCUCGAAUGCAUCCAAAUAUUGGUCACCAAACACUACAUCUCCGGAAGAGCGGGAGGGCGAGACGAUCCAUCCGGAUCGGGAUCACAAGCGAUUGCUCUAAAGGAACAGGGGGCCAAAAAUAUACCACCCCCAUCGCUCCUUCAUAGAAUCAUGGAGGCCGUGGCCAGUUGCUCUAAUUACAACUCGGAUGUCGCGCAAACGGCAUCCUGCAAAACAUUCCGGGUCAUUAUCACAUCCAAGAAAUGCGGAGUCCACGAGGGAUCCUUGUUGCUGGCACUGAGAUCAGCCUUUCAUGUAUAUCUUGUGGCCAAAACUGCAUCCACCAAAGAUGUUGCCAAGGCGUCACUGAUUGAAAUGUUGCGAUCUGUGUUUGGUCGAUUAGAAGAGCAGGAAAUGAGAAUACAAGAACAGCAACAGCAAGGGCACAACAAUCAUCAUCAUCAAAGUAGCAAUGGCGGUGUAGAUGAAGGCAAUGGACAAAAACCUGUCUCUCCCAACAGCAGCAAUAAUGGAGUGGCAAGUUCACAGUAUCACACCGACGGAUACGUCUUGUUUCGGGCAUUGUGUAAGCUCAGCUCCAAGGAGCUUCCCGGAGAUGGUGAACCAGAGUCGAAUCGAGCAGGAUUGUUCAGUAGUUCACCUCCUGAUCCAAUGGCACUGAACAAUAAGGUGCUCUCUCUGGAGCUCAUUUUGGCGGUCAUGGAGUUCAGUGGCAACGCAUUCUGCCAGGGAGAAAAAUUCAUAUACCUCGUGCAAAACUACCUAUGUGUCGGAUUGCUCAAAAACUGCAUGUCGAACCAUACAAAUGUCGCGUUUCUGUCUCAAAAGAUCUUCUUGUUGCUGCUGUACAAGUUCAAGGCGAACUUGAAACAGGAAAUUGAAGUUUUCCUAUCAAACAUAUUUCUCCGAGUGCUCGAAUCUCCAAACUCUUCUUUCAAGCAGAAAGCACUAGUGCUGGAAUCAUUGCGUUCCCUGUGCCGAGACCCAGUGGUACUAACCCAAAUCUUUCUGAAUUACGACUGUGAUUUCGACGCGAGAAAUCUUUACAAGGAUAUUGUGCACCACCUGACAAAGUUGAGCGGAAAAUCCACCUCCAUGCCGACGUCAACGCUGACAAAGAAAGAGGCGGAAGAGACGUACGAGCUGAGUCUGGCUAGUGUCGAAGUUCUGGUGACAAUCAUGAAAGCUUUUCUAAAGGCAUUGGGUCUUCCGGGAGGCGACGUAGGGAGCGACGAAAGUGCAGGCGAACGUAUUCGAGGAAUGUUGUCGUUAGACGUGGAUGUAGUGCCAAAAUCUGACGAGGGAAACACAGCAAAGUCGACAAAUGGAAGCAAUGCUUCAGGCGGCGAAGACUCUGAAAGUGAGACGUCCGUUGGCAAGGCAGCGAAGAAGCCACCCCCACCUCCGGUCACUAGCAAGCCGAUCGAUAGUGAAUCGAGUUCCAAAGUGGCGGGAAAGAUCGUUGAUGCAUUUGAAAUGAAACGCAAAGAGGAGCAAAUUUUCGAAACUGGCGCGAUCAAAUUCACACUCUCGCUCAAGUCCGGGCUGAAUUUCUUUAUCGACAAUGGAUUCGUGGAAUGCGACGCGAAUGCAGUUGCUUUAUUCUUUCUUGCCAUGAAAGACAAACUCGACAAGACUCAAAUGGGUGAAGCUCUGGGACGGGAGCCGGACUCGGCUUUUAUCAAAGGCGACAACAUUGAUCCAGAAAAAGGCGGUCCGGGAUUCUUUGUACGGAUUCUCCAUCACUAUGCAUCAGCCCUGGACUUCACUGGAACCCCUUUCGAUGACGCCAUUCGAAUGUUUCUCUCUGGUUUCCGCCUUCCAGGAGAAGCCCAAAAGAUUGAUCGUAUCAUGGAGAAAUUUGCGGAACAAUUCACUCGUCAGAAUCCUGAGGUCUUUGGUUCGGCCGACACCGCGUUCGUCCUCGGUUUCUCUGUAAUUAUGCUGAAUACGGAUCUUCACAACCCGAGCAUCAAACCCGAGAAAAAGAUGACUAUGGAUUCCUUCAUCAGAAAUAACAGAGGCAUCGGCGAGAACGGCAGCGAUCUCCCUACCGAUUUUCUCGAGGGCAUUUUCGAGCGAAUAAAGAAAAACCCUUUCAGCCUGAAAGAGGACGACGAAGCCCGAGAGCGCGUUGUGACUGCACAAUCAACCCAGUACUUCGACACUUCUCUCUUCUUUGAGGCACCUGCUUUCUUUGGUACUAGCGCCGAGGAAAGAAAGCGAGAAAGAUUCAAGAAGGAGAGGGAGGAGAUGAUGGCAGCGACAACCCAACUUAUCCGACGACGCCAACCCGGGAAGAAUUCCAAAGCCAUGAGUGAUCAGUCCUCUAGCUUGACAGAUUCUGUUUCGCCUUCAGACGUCGUUAAGCCCAUGUUCGACGUUACGUGGGGUCCAGUAAUUGGAAUUCUUUCGCAGGUGCUAGAAUGUUCAGAAGACGAACGAAGCAUCUCCGUUUGUCUGAACGGUUUUGUCUACGCAAUUCGAUUGGCUUCCCACAGUCACAUGUCACUGGCGCGAGACACUUUUGUCACGUCUCUCGCCAAGUUCACUUUCCUCGGUUCUAUCAAAGAGAUGAAACGAAAGAACAUCGAAAGCAUUCGCACUCUGUUGAGUAUUGCAGUUAUCGACGGCGAGUAUCUGGGGGAAAGCUGGGGACCAGUCCUGCAAUGUACUUCCCAGCUAGCAAGGCUGAGGUUAUCUGCGUCGGGUUUGGACUCUGACGAGUCAUUCCUGGCCGAAAACGAAACACCGACCAAGAGAGGCGCGAGAAAUUCGGAAAGCGUAGGAGAUGGAAGAAAGACCGAGGAGAGCAAUGGAAGGGCAGUACUGGAAGCCGUCAAUGAAGUUCUGAUCGACAAGGUUUUCUCUAACACAGUGAAUCUAUCGGCCCAAAGUCUUGCACACUUCAUCGAACAACUUAUUACGGUCUCGACUGCAGAGAUCAACGGGAGCUCUAAGAGUGGUAUCACUGGCGUUGCAGGACGUCCAAAGUUUGACGGUUCGAUGCACGGCGGAAGUGCGCCCACCAGAGACGAUGGGCCCAGUAUUUUCUCUUUGCAGAAGCUCGUGGAGGUGGCCGACUUCAACAUGGAUGUGCGACCACGAUUGGUCUGGGCUCAGAUGUGGGAACGCAUGGCAGAAUUCUUUGCCACAAUCAGCAGCCACGAAAACACGAACGUGAGCGUCUACGCGAUCGACUCUCUGAAGCAGCUUAGCUUCAAGUUCCUGGACAAACCGGAACUUUCAGAGUUCAACUUCCAAAGAAUAUAUCUCCGCCCAUUUCUUCAUGUAAUGCAACAAGACGGCACCCGCGAGGACAUUCGAGAGCUUGUUUUGCGUUGCUUAGAUAACAUCGUCCGAACGAAGUCGCACAACUUGCGCAGCGGUUGGAAGAUCAUUUUUGCGAUACUGGCACGUUCGGCAGAAGAUUCGAGUGAAAAAAUCAACUUCCUGGGUCUUGCCAUUCUGCAGCGUCUGCUGGACGAUCACCUGGACGAGUUAUGCAGGCUCGAAGAUGAGAAUUUGGACGAGAAGGAGGAGGACGAUCCACAGCAUCAUAUUCUACCUGCAUUUGGGGCUACAAACCGGUCCGCAGACGUUGAAGACUUUGUCGGGUUAUGUCGGGCGUCAUCUGCCUUUGUUCAGAAGAAAGAAUCGGCUUCGCCUCGUCCGAUGGGUCUCUCUAUGAGAGCUCUUUGCCACACAGCAAUAUACGCAGACUUGUUGGCGGACAAACGAGUCCAGCCACCGGUUUCGGGUGCACAGUGGACAGAUCCUCAAGAGCCCGGGUAUACGUACGCGGGGCUUGAUGAAAAUGAAGCCUUGGAGAUGGUGCUCUGGCGGUCAUUGCUGGAAGGGUUAGCUGAUGGGAUAAGGUCGAAAGCUCGCAGCAGUGCUGCUGGUCUUGGCUGUCUUGUCCAGCGCGGAAGCAUAAUGGCUUUACGCGCCAUCUUCAUUCGACACGGCAGCAUCUUCUCGGUCCCUCAGUGGGAGGCUAUUUUGCGCGAAACUCUUUUGCCGGCAAUACAAGAUGCAGCAGAGAGCGAAAUGUCUCCUGUUGUGGGUAUAACUUCAGAGUCUCCUCACCUUUCGAGCAUAGACUUCCUGGCAGAUUCGGUCCCGCUUCCACCCCCACUCAACGACCCAGGCCUUCUGAAAUUCGAAGAAAUCGCAAUGAACAACGAAAGUGCUCCUAGUCGAGCGUUUGGGAAAGCAGAACUCGUUUUGGAAGCCAGUUUCACUGACAUGCGACAUGGCGGUGAUGGCGAUCUUAGCCUUGCUUAUGUUUUGGCACAAAAGGAUGCAUGUGCUCACACUGCUCGAGACCAACCAUUUCCGGAUAGCUGGAUUGCUACAACCGCGUCAUUGGCCUUGGGUCUCUUGACGGAUGUAACGAGCGAAGUAUUCCUUGCUCUUGGUGCCGAGGGAAGAGAGAGACUAUGGCCUCUUGUUGCCAACCAAUUCUUGGUCUGGUGUGUGGGACGGCCACUUGAUAUCGGAGCACCCAGACGGAAUGGCGAAGUGCCAGACUACGACGUGUGGUGGCCUUGCGAGGCCAUAGUUCGGGUUGCGUGCAAUGAAAUGCAUCGACUCUCUGAACGAGUCACUGGUUCAUUCUCUCAAUUGUAUCAGUUCGAAAGGGUGGGCUGGACGGGAAUGUUCCUGACAAUGUUUGCUGACGCAUUGACGAACAGUGUUGCUUUGGAGAGGUCACUGGAGAAGGACUUGUUCCGGACGAAAACGAGAGGCACGGAGUCCCCCUUCUCUUCCCCGCCGUCGUCGCCACCAGGAGGAAGUGAGACCGAAGGCUCGCUUUCUUCAAGGCUUGAGAUUGGAUCAGUUGUCGAUACUCCUUUCGGAAAGGGAACGCUGGUAAGCAGGAGACGCAAAACUCACGACGAAAUUGACGGCCAGAAACAUGUCACAGUGCACCAGAUCGCUCUCGACUUUGGAGGGACGCUGUAUCAACCCGACACCAGCUUAGUAGCUUUCAAACACACCGACAACGAAUCCCCCGCGGAAACCCACUCGAAGCCAAAUGGGAACAGCGCGCUGCCCAAUGGUAUGAGUCCAAGUGCUUCACUUGAUCAGGAUGCUUCUUUCAGGUCGGAUGCUUCCAAGGACAUGUAUUGGCUCGAUUACAUUCCUGCGUUAAAGAUCCGGUGUGUAGCGGCGCACUGUCUUCAGAAUGGAUUCUCCGGAUUGCUUGAUAGGCUUGUGCCUCUGAUGGAGAAAGACGUGGCGUUAAAAGUGCUGGAAGCACUGAGACUCUCCCGUCAGAUAUCGGAGGAAUCGGCGCGAGACGAGAAUCUCAAACGAAUGUUCCAGGAAGCAAUCUUUACAGAAUGGGGUGAUGGGAUCGAAGAGGUGCAAAUGGCGCUGUCGAACGUAGCGCGAAUGUCUCAUCUUCAUGGUAGCGACAUGUUCUUUUUGACUCAGGAGGCGGGAGCAACGAGAGCUACGAUCCAAAUGUUGGGAAUGCUCUAUCACGGCCGUGUUGGCGAAGAACGAGUGAACUGGGACAGGGCAGAUUUUGCCGAAGCGCACCUCCUGGGGACCAUGAAGGAUGCCCUUCGCAAAUUUCAAGACUCGGAAGAGCGAGAUGGGCACCUUGUCGAUCCCAACGUCUGGAGGAACACGAGCGAAAGCGGUGGUAAGGUCGCCCUUUAUUGCACCUCAUUCGCAGACGUCGUUGUUGGUAUCCUUAGCGUGAUCCAUUCCCUGGAUCACGAGAAGUUUACCAAGCAUUCAAAGGACUUCUUCCCUAUCGUUUGCUCUCUUGUAAGAGCAGAAAGCAAGGAGAUCCGUAACCUUGUUCAAUGCAUCCUUGCAAAACAAGUUGCUCCGAUGAUUGACGUGGACCCCGAUGCUUGCACGGAACGAAGCUACAGAUUGAGGAGGAACAGUGAUCAUGGAAUCUAGCUAGCCAGUAGAGUAAAAGGUGAUCUUUUAUUGAGUGCUUACUCAAAAAUGCAUGUUGUACCUAACGGUAGUGGCAUGCACAUUACACCCGUCCGUCUCGCCAGGUGUGCAAGUGUCGCAUGGUGCUGGGUGCAGGUCCUUGUGUGAGCUGAGCUGCGUCCGAAUGGUUCAGUGCCCCGAUUUGCCUCUGCCAUCAGAUAACAUACUGUUUCGUUAGCCGCAGCCCGUACGGUAUGUCUGGUUGGUUUGGCAUGUAAAAAUUUUGCAAUUGGAAAUUUGUUCAAAGUAGUUUUAUAAAAAAAAUAAAGUUUGAAAUUGGGAACAUUGAAAAAUUUCACC